AUGGAAGACAUAUACAAGAAAAAUAAAGGAAAUGCCGGUCUGGAGGGGGUCCAGUUUCAACUGGAUCUGCUGAUCGUGUUCUUGUUGAACGCCCUCCAAAAUUUUAGAAACUGGAAAAUCUCGACGGAAAAUCAGGAAGCUGGAAAAUACGACGACCUCGUCCUCGAAAUGCCAAAUAAAGGUGUUUUUCUACAGGCCAAGUUCAAACAAACUAAGAAGAUCACUAGGGAUCAGCUUUUUUCAAGCAGCUUCAAAAACUCCGAUUUUAGCCUUGCAAAGUACUUUUUCUCAUACCUGCAAAUUAAGUCUCAAGUUAAAGAGAAAACUGUUAUUUUAUGCACUAACACGGAUAUCGAAGAAAAAGGCUUGGAGAACGUUUUAACCCUCCAUCGUGUCGGCUCUGACAGCUUGUUACAUUACGAAGGACCCACAUGCACAUUCUUCACCUUCAAUCAGAAUGUUUUGCUUGAUUUAAAAGCAAGUAUACAGAGCUAUCUUGAUAACAAUUUAAGUAAGGGCAUUGAUAAAGCGGUAAUAACAGACGAAAACAUGGAAGACUUCCUAAACAAUUUACAAUUUUUUUCCAACUAUCCAUGCGGAACCAAAUUGCAUAAAAUUAUCGAACAAUUACUGUCUGGCUUGAAUGAUUACAAUAUUUCUUCUGGAACGUCUCACCAAGAAAUAUACAAGAAAGUGGAGGAUUGGUUUAAACAACCUAAAGGUGAAUAUUUGACGGAAGUACGUGCCAAAGCCAUGUUUAGUGAAAUAAGAAGUGACAAGUACUGCGACACUUUAAAAGACUACAAUGUAUCCUUCGAACGUAGCAAUUUUAAUUUCACAGGCUCGAAAAGGAUAUUUCACCUUGCGACGGAAGAGGGACAUUUGUUGCAGGUGUUGAAAAUAUUUCAUGCUUUGCAGAACGAUGAAAGUAGAAAACUGUAUGUCAAUCCCAAUGAUAGCGUUGAAAUACAGAAACAUGUAGUAGAAUCAUUUGAGUUACGUAGUUAUGUCUAUUUAAUAAUGAUUUGGUCCAAAAUUGAAAACGAAACAGUAAAAAGUGAAAUAUGUAUUAAAUUAAGAGAAAUAUUAGAAAGGGAUCCAUAUAAGAAAGUUAUUUUAGUGACCGAAGGCAAUGACGAACUAAUGGAACUGUUUGGAGUGAAUAACAUUUCACAGAUCGACGUAUCUAUAACCUUCGAGGACCUCUCAAAAAAUACCCAAGAAACGCUAAAGAAGAAAAAUGUGGUAUUUCAAGGUCAAAAAAUCAAUUUGGAAGAAUUAUUAGAGCCAUCGAGGAAUGAAAAUUAUACAAAAUCAUUACAUUCUGAAAUGCUGCAAGUGUUGAUUAAAGGAGAGGAAAUUAAAGUUGGGGUAAAGCCUUUAGAGUUGGAUGAGGACACCGCAAGGUAUUACGUACAUCGAAGAUUUAAGCCAGAAGUCAGAGACUCACGAAAGAGAAAGAAUGUUAUUCCGGAGGAACGCAUUUAUGAUACUAGUGAAAAAGUGAUACUGAUCAUAGAUAGUUCUGGGAUGGGAAAGAGUACCGUCCUUAUUAAACUGGCUAGUGUUAUAAAGGAAAGACGUCCUCAUUUAUGGGUUAUCAGGAUCAAUCUUAAUGAAUACACGAGAAUUUUAAGGGACUCUCUGAGAAAGAAUAAGAAAACGUUAACUGUAUUAGAAUUGUUAAAUUCUCAAGAAGCUACUAAAAUGACUAAUAAUUUCGAGGAGUUAGUAUUUUCCAUAAACGAAAAGGUUCUCUUGAUGAUGGAUGGAGUAGACGAAAUCAGUCCCGACUACACGGGUCUGGUACUCGACAUGCUGACUCACUGUCAAAAGUCUACCAACUUUGCUAAGAUAUUCGUAACCACUAGGCCUCACGUAUCUCGAGAGUUGAAAGCGGUUUUGAACGCUGCAUCCUUUAAAAUGUUACCAUUUACGAGGCGAAAUCAAGUAGAUUUCCUUACAAGCUACUGGGCCCAUAAUCUGAAAAUAGACAGUACACUUACAGAUAAAUGCAAGCGGUAUGCCGAGACUUUGGUAACCAAACUAUCUUCAUGGAUAAAUUCUCAUCAUUAUGGAGAAAAUCUCCUUACUGCGCUGCCUCUGCAAGUGAAGAUGCUGGCAGAGAUUUUUCAGAAAGGUAUUCGGUGGAAGGAAUUCAUGAACUGGGAAGGAUGUAAGGAAUAUUUAGAACAGGAUGAUUUCAAACCAAAAUUACCGGAGAAAGUUAAUAUUGCGGGAUUAUAUAGCAUGUUCAUUAAGAAGAAACAAGAUGUCUUCACAGACAAGGGGAAUCCUAUCGGUAACACGGCAGCGAAUCAGGCUCUCGUCAACCAGUUCCACGAAUGCCUUGCUUAUCAUCGUAGUCUUGCCCUGAAGAUGAUCUUGAGGGAAACUGAAUGUGAUUUAUUUUCAGAACGCCAUGCAGACUGCAAAUGUACCGAAGAGUGCAUUUUGAAGAUAGGAAUCGUGCAAAAAUUGGGGGACAAAUUCCAAUUCGUACACAGAACAUUCGCAGAGUACUUUGUGGCCGAUAGCAUAUCAAGAGAGUUACAACUUCGGAAUCCAAACGUUGAGUUUCAAAGGCUCUUAAUUGACCAAAUAUUGGUGAGACCUGAAUUUAAAGUUAUCCGUGCUUUUCUUGAUGAGUUCCUUCAGCCUGUUGUAGAUUCCUUACCAUCUACCAUAUUUAAAAAUUAUCAGUCCUUCGUAUCUAAAACCGUUAUGAACGACAAUCCCAUUUUCGUUCUUUCAGGCGAAAGUCGGUUGGCACUCCUGCAACUCAUCCUGAAAAGCAUAAAUUUCAAAGUCAUUAGAGGUAAAGAGAUCGAUAUGAAAGACUGGCGUCUGAAAAUAGCUGUUAAAAGCAGAAACACAUUAAAUGAUUUGAAAUUCCUUACGCGGAAGGCUGGAAUGAACAUUAAAAAUGAGAUUGGUGAUACUCCAAUGCACUCUGCUGUUAAAGGAUGCAACCUGAAAAUGGUGAAGUUUUUAACUGAGCAUGGCGCAAACGUCAAGAGUAGAAACAACUAUGGCGGCACACCACUGCAUUUAGCCGUUGUGAGAGAUGCGCUGGACAUUGUAGAAUACCUCGUACAACACGGCGCAUACGUUAAUGUUAGAAACAACAAGAACCUUACGGCGUUGCAUUUAGCUGCUAGUUAUGGACAGUUGGACAUUGUGAACAAACUCAUGAAACAUAGUUCCGAUAUUAACUGUAAAGAACAAUAUGGACGCACCGCCUUGCACUUAGCUGCAGAAAGAGGCAAGAUCGACAUUGUGAAAUACCUCGUGCAAGGUGGUGCAGACGUUAAUGUUAGAGACAUAAGAGGGUGCACAGCAAUGCAAUUAGCUAAGGAGAGAGGCGAGUUGGACACUGUAAAGUACCUCACGGAAUGUCUCAAAUUCUAGUACGUGCAUUUUUUUCUGCAGAAACUGUAUUUUCAUAUGGAUAAUAUAAUAAUUGUUCUCACAAUUAUAAGACAAUAAUUUUAUUUGCCUCGCGUUGGCAAUUAAAUUCAGAUAAACAAUAAAAUUACGACUACGUUAAAACACAACGUUUCGUUUUACCGACUUAUGAUUGGAAUAAUCUUUCACAUUUCAUUGAACAAUCAGCGACCUGAUUUUCUCGAGUGUAGACGCAUUAAUUUGUUACUUAUUGUAAACGAAUCAUUAUGACCAAUGACGCUAAAUUGACAUUUGUGUAUUUUUCAGUAGCUACAUUUAAAUCGUACAUAUUUCACAGCUGAUAGCUAAACUUUUUUAACACUUCGUCGUAUUACUGAACGUAUUAUGCCUUUUAUUCCUGAACAAGAUGCCUCAUGAAAAGUGGAACUCGAAGUGAAGAUGGGUUAUGGACAUAGUCUUUGCAAUCUUGCAUUGAAUAAUUUAUGAUCGAAUUUCCAGAGACAAACAUUAAACUAUGACACUUUCUUAAACUGGAAAUGUGCUAUCGUCAAAAGGUUUGAAAUCAAAUACUGCAUUUGCAAAGGAAUGUCUAGGGGCAGAUCAAUUGUACUUACAGAAAAUGUCGUCGAUAAUAUACAGCAACGGAUAAAUCAGUCCUGCAAAGUCCGUAUCAAAGUUGUCUGCUCAUACAGGGAUUUUACUAGGAAUGUGUUAUGAAACUUUAAAAGAACAACGGCAUUUUCAUAAUAUACUAGGCAAUUAUUAUUGUGCAGGAAUAACGAUUUGUUGGACUUGUUGUUUUUCACUGACGAAGCAUGGUUUCACAUAUCAA